AUGUCAGAAUUUGCACCUAUUUGUAUCUAUUUAGUGAUCAGUCUGCUAGUUUCUUUGAUCUUACUCGGUCUUCCUUUUCCCUUUGCUUCCAAUAGUUCGACCUAUCCAGAAAAAUUGUCGGCCUACGAAUGUGGUUUCGAUCCUUUCGGUGAUGCCAGAAGUCGUUUCGAUAUACGAUUUUAUCUUGUUUCCAUUUUAUUUAUUAUUCCUGAUCCGGAAGUCACCUUUUCCUUUCCUUGGGCAGUACCUCCCAACAAGAUUGAUCCGUUUGGAUCUUGGUCUAUGAUGGCCUUUUUAUUGAUUUUGACGAUUGGAUCUCUCUAUGAAUGGAAAAGGGGUGCUUCGGAUCGGGAGUAA